GCUUGCGGGAACUUGAACCAGAAAAAUUACAUCGCUAAGGUUAGGCUAGCUAAGCUAAAGAUUAACCAGCUGUGUGCCUGUGAACGCGAACAUAGUGAAAGUAGUUGUCUAAAUGGCCUACUGCUUAUCCGAGUACAGCUUUGAACUACGAAGGCUGAACGGGGAAGACAACAAAAGGAAUGAGGGUAACGAAGGAAGAAAAUGAAAGGCGGGCGGCCGGCAGCACUUUUCGGGAGCGGCAGGUCAUGGGGUGUAAUUUGCUCCUACGCCGGUAGUCGAGUCCCACGUCGGGGCCUCGGGAAUUGAUGGCUUGUGCGGAAUGAACCGUCUUUUCAUCUGAAGAACAUCAUCCAAAUCAGAAAGUCUAUCGUUUGAAGGAACGACAGAAGGGGAUUGUUUUUUGUUUGUUUUUUUCGCGUUCGUGGAGAAACAUGCGCUUAUUCGGGAAAAAUUGUCACCGUUUUGAAAAGCCAGCUAACAGUCUAUCCUCACGCCUCGCCGUCUCCCUCACUGCAGUCAACCGCCUCAAACUCAGCCACACCCUCCAGUGCUUCCUGAUACGCAAGAUGUAGCGGGAGCUCACGGCCGACAUAGAAGUGGGAAUAACCAUGUCUUCUUACGAGUUGGCUUCGCUGGCGGACGUUGAGCUGGCGGCAGCGUAGAUAAACCGUGACGAUCUCUAUUAGCUCUGAAUCUCUAUUUAAACGGACUUGCAUGAGAGAAAUGGCCACCAAAAGCGAAACCCAGUGCUAUCUGUGCCGGACGACACCGUUCCCCGAUUUUUGCUGAGGCGGGCGCAUGGACAAUAGAUAUGCAUAAGGAACUGAGCCUUCAAAAAGAACUUGUCUAUAUCACAGGUUUUUGUACGAAAAAGAAAAGGUUGAAAGUCAAGGCAAGUCUCCCGCGCCUGGCCGGGUGCUCGUGCGGAGUCUUUUAUUUUGGAAGGCUCAUGGAACGAUGGUGCUGAAGCGGCAGGGCGCUCGCGCGGAGGUUGUUCGAAAGUGCUCGUGGAGCUGGUGCAUUUUAGCAGGCAUGACACUCACCCGCACCUUCAACCGGAGGGUCAAACUCGAUGGACCGUCUGUAUCACAUCCUGCACCUACGACGAAAGCAGGACUUCUAAACACCUCUUUGCUUGACACGCUUUAAGAAAAUCGACACUGCAGUGUAAAUUGAUUCCUCGCACCAAAAUUCACACAGAAAGCGGUUUUUUAAUAGCCUUUAUUGGCUUCGGAUGUCUGGUAAUCAACUUGCACUUUGCCUUGGUUUGGGCUCUUGUCUGGCACUGCAGCAAGUAUUGUUGGUUUUGUAUAGUGUUUGAACAAGAUUGACAAAUAACCUGUGAAACCGCUCAAAUUACCUGAGGCAUGGUAGAUGUGAUUUUGUGAAAUGUGCACAAUUAAGGUCAAAUUACAUAAACAUUGGGCAAUUUGAGUAAUAAAUUGAAGGGAUUUUUGAUUAUAGUUUUGAUUUUGACCCCAAUUGCUCAAAAUAUUCCCAGCUUUUUUUUUGUUUUCAUUUCACAAGCAUGCCAGAGCAUGAUUUUCAUGAGUGAAGACACAUUAUUAUAUGUUUUUGCAUUAUACAAAUGUUUACUAAAAUUAUUACAUGUUCUGUACUUUUCCAAACAAAUUGACAGUGGACAUUAAGAUAUUUUUCUGAAGGACAUUACAGAAGACUCUUGGCCAGUUUCAGGUUUCUCAGAGAAGGUGUGGAAUUAUUUCUUACUGAAGAAAACAUAUAAGUUAUGAGUUUAUACUAUGGAAUGUGUGAUGUAAUCUAUAUUUUAUACAAAAAAGAAAAUUCAAAAUAUUAGCUUGACCACCCUGCUAUGGCUAGUAGUGGCUCGGGAAAGUCAGACAGUGAGGUUCCUACCAACAUCCUGAGCGGCAGUUUGCAGCAGAGGAAAAGGCUUUUUAUCAUUUGUGACUCGUGCAAAAGCAAGAUGCAGCUGGUGGCAGACCUUCUUCUGCUGUCCAGUGAAACCAGGCCAGUCAUGACCGCAGAGGGUUUGCCGGUAGCAGAGACUUUUGAGAAGUGCCGGGACACAGUGAUCGCCAGGACGAAGGAGCUGUCCAUCAUCACUCACGACAUCCAGAGCCAGCUCAACAUGGGCAAGUUCGUGGAGGGGGACAGGCUGGUCGAGAUGGGGGACCUGGUGGUCUCUCUGACCGAGUUCUCGGCCCACGCGGCGUAUCUGGCAGCGGUGGAGAACCCUGCCUCUCAGCCCGCAGUUCCGGGCCUGGUGGACCGUUACAAAGUGACCCGGUGCCGGCACGAGGUCGAGCAGACGUGUAGCGUGCUCCGAGUGACCCCGCUGGCUGACCUCAGCCCGCAGAUCCUCCUGGAGGUGUCGCAGCACAUCCUGAGGAACCUCACCACCCUCACGGACGCAUCUUCCCAAGCCAGUGAGAAAUCCAAGGACAAGUUUGCCAAGGAGCAGUUCAAAGCCAGCGUAAAGUGCAUGAGCACCAGCGCCACGGCCCUGCUGGCCUGCGUGAGAGAGGUGAAGACCUGCCCGAGCGAGCUCGCCCGCAACCGCUGCGUGCUCUUCAGCGGGCCGCUGGUGCAGGCUGUCCACGCGCUGGUAGGCUUCGCCACCCAGCCGCAGUUCCUGGGCAAGCCGGCCGCCAUCAACCCCGAGGGCAAGGCAGUGCAGACGGCCGCUGGGGGCGCCAUGAGCGUGGUCUCGGCCUGCGUGCUCCUGACCCAGGGCCUCAGGGAUGUCUCCCAGCACCCCGAGAACAGCGCCCAGAUGCCGGGGUAUCGGGAGCGCCUGCGGAACUCGGCCUGCGCCGUCUCGGACGGCUGCACACUGCUGUCGCAGGCGCUGAGGGAACGGUCUUCUCCCAGAACUCUACCGCCAGUCAACUCGCAUUCUGUGAAUUAAGAUCCCAGUCACAGAUGGAUACACGAGUAGCCCUUUAUUUUUUUAUCAUACCAAAGAGAGUAAUCAGGUUUAACCCCGUGCUGUGUGACCCUGUUGAGUGAACGUAGGGAGUUCGUCAGAAUUAGCGCGUCGGAAGAUGACGGCUGUGUUCACGUUCAACUGAGGUCAGAGGUGGCAGGUUUUUCUUGCGCUGGAUGUAAUGAAAACCCUUGCCGAAACUGACAGCACAUUUUAACUCGAGCUCACUCACUGGUAGCAAAGGUUUUGUAAAUUCGAACAAACAUGCCCAAAUUAAUGAAAACUAGCAGAAAGUAUACCUCAGUUUGUUAGGUGUCUGAGAGCAGAAUGUGAGGUGAUGGCUGUAGCAGGGCGUGCGUGACGAAUGUCGCUGAGACACGGGGCUGUGUGAGGGGAGUUUGUUCUUGCCUUGUGUGAAUUUUUGAUGGUUAACGCUGCUGUGAGUGUGUGCCAUUGGUUUUACACUAUUUACCAGACUUACAAUAGCAAUUUUUUUUUGAUCAUGCAUGUACUGGAGUAUUUAUUUCAAUUUAUUAAAAUGUUGUUUCUCAUA